AUGGGUGGAAAUGAGGAUGAUGGGGAUGACAAUGAAGAAGAUGAGGAAGAUGUAGAUAAGGAUGGAGACAAUGAAGAUGAAGAAGCAGAGGACGAAUCGGAUGAAGAGGAAGUUGAACAGGAAGAAGUCAAGAAAAAACCUAGCAAGGCGGCUAAAAAACCUUGUGCUAGAUAUGCAUACAUUCCUGAUGACGAUUUGUGUUUGCCACCAAGAACCCAACUUAUGGACCAUAAUAAUGUUGUCCGUGUUUUAAAACGUCAAAAGAAUAAGAUAUGGAAUAUAGAAAAUGAGUGUGAUGAGGUCCGGUUGGCGAUCUCUGACAAGGAAGAAUGUGAGUUUAGAAGAAGUGCAAAAGAGCCUGACGAAGGUGAUGAGCAUAAUCCGUUUAACAAAGACCGCACAUCCAAGAAGACGUUGAAAAAGAUUAAGAUGACAACCUUGUUUGAUGAGUUUAGUGGGACGAGCAAGUUGGUUCUUGAAGGAAAUUUGGUGAUGACCGAGGAGAAGAUUAAGCACCAUGUGACUGCUUAUUUGUUAUAUCAACUAGGAACCAUUUUCUUCCCAGACACUUCAGGUCACGUGGACAAGAAUAAGGAACAGAAGGUAAAAUUGUAUGAUUUAACGGUUGAAGAUGUAGUUUUUCAUCCAUACACCCUUAAUGAAGAUGAAGAAGAGGAAGAUGUUGAUGUUAUUGAUUUCUCACUUGUCGCGGGUAACAAUGGACCGUUGUUUUAUCCUGGCGGUUGUACAAUACUUCCAGAUUCGUAUGAUGAGCCAAAUGCUGCUGACCCAGGAUACAUUCAAUGGUAUGAAAAUUUUUCUCAUCCUCGUGUGAUAAACAAAGUCCAACAAGCCCGUGCUGAGAAAGAGAAAGCGAAGGAAGUGGAGAAACAAGCUCAGAAUAUUAUGAAGAAUACGUCUACCUGUGGUGAUGAGGCCUUGGUCUUAUGGAAUGCGGCGGUUAAGUCAGGUGCUAAAUUGAUGAAGAAAUUGAUGGCAAAGAUUCGGACUGGAGACCCCAUGGACACUCGAGAACAAACUAACCUCUACAACCAAAUGACUAUGGUUUUUUCACCCAACAAUGUUGAUCCAAUGUCGGUGAAAAUGAGUUGCCAAGAAGGGUUCGAGUCGAAUGGUUCAACAACAAAGCAGUGGAGAGGACACUCAUAG